GUAUUUAUUAUUAUUAUUAUUUUUUUUAAUUUUUAUACUGGUGUCCAUAGAAUUGGAAGAUGAGUCAUGCUCCUAUUAAAUACCGAUGAGCUUUCCCAUAGUUAUGAGGAUUGGAGGCAUCGCCACCAUACAAAGCUUCCCAUAAAUGUCUCUGCACCUAAAAGAGCAACCACAUGCAUUCUUGGAGGAUGAAACACUGUUGAAUUUCUUAUUUCCAAAUUGAGAAAUUAUCCAACAACAGUACCCUUUUUUUUUUCUUUUUUUUUUGUGUGUUAUGACCCACACGGAUCAUGAAAGUGCUACACCACUUUGCUGCUCUUCUUGUGACGGGGACCAAGCUACUUGCAAGGGCCCCACGCCAAGCCCACCUUCACUGUCAUAGCAGACAACGAAAGCUUAAUACCACCCUCAAUGGGUAUAUCCAAUCCAAUUCCCCCAGCAGAGCCCUCGUACUCCUUCAGCGUCUGCAGAGAAAAGGCAGCUCUCCCAUUGACAGCUUCACACUCCUCCUCAUGCUCAAGGCAUGCGCCAAAACGUCCUCUGCAAUUGAAGGAAAACAGAUCCAUGCACUCAUUGUGAACCUCGGCUUUGAACCCAUCAUCUUUAUUCAGACAGCCCUCAUAAGCAUGUACUCAGCAACAGGGAGUCUCGAAGACGCACAUCACGUAUUCAACGAAAUCUUCACAAGAAAUGUUGUCUGCUGGAGUGCCUUGAUUUCUGCAUAUGUUGACAAUGGAAGGCCCAACAAGGCUCUCGAGCUCUUCAGAGAGAUGCAAAUGGAAAAUGUAGAACCAGACGGGGUAACUAUAACCAUUGCCCUCUCUGCCUGUGCAGAUCUGGGGGCGCUAGACAUGGGAGAAUGGAUUCACGGAUACAUUGGUCGUAAGGAAGGAUUCAAAGCAGAUCUCUAUCUGAAGAAUGCUCUCAUAAACAUGUAUGCAAAAUGUGGAGACAUCAAAACUGCUCGGCGAUUGUUUGAUAAGGCAAACCAAAGGGAUGUAAUGACUUGGACGUCAAUGAUUGUGGGCCAUGCUGUGCAUGGACAAGCAGCGGAAGCUCUAAAACUCUUUGCUGAAAUGAAAGAUAAAGCAAAUGCAAUCGAGAACAACAAAAACAAUGAUUAUCACCGUUAUAAUGAUGGUAUGGUUGAUUUUGUCAUCCCUAAUGAGGUCACAUUCAUUGGAGUUUUGAUGGCAUGCAGCCAUGGAGGUUUGGUGGAAGAAGGGUUGCAGCAUUUGGAAAGCAUGAGCAAGGAUUACCAUUUGAAGCCCCGGAUCUGCCACUAUGGGUGCAUGGUGGAUCUAUUCUGCCGAGCUGGACUUGUAAAAGAGGCAUACACCUUCACCAGAAACAUGCCAAUGCGGCCUAAUGCAGUAGUAUGGCGCACCUUGCUCAGUGCCUGUAGCCUUCGUGGUAACGUUGAGCUCGGAGCUCACAUAAAGCGUCGGCUGCUUGAGCUGGAGCCUGAUUUUGCCGGUGAUUGUGUCACCAUCUCCAACAUGUAUGCCACUGCAGGCCUGUGGCUGGAGAAGUCAAUUGCAAGGAAACAGAUAAAGCGACGGAGAGAUCCAGGUUGCAGUUCGAUUGAGGUAGAGAGCAGAGUCCAUGAAUUUGUUGCUGCAGACAGGAAACACCCUCUGAAGAGAGAGAUAUACAGUGUUCUUGAGGGACUGGUUAGGAACUUGAGGGCUUCCGGGUAUGCUCCAAACAGUUCAAAUUUGGCUGAUGAUGAGAUAGCCGAGGAAUGAAUCAUCAUCAUUAUCCCAGCCUUAUCCCAACUAAUUUGGGUUCGGCUACAUGAAUCCUGUUCCACCUCUCCACUCUCUCAAGGGCCAUAACUUCAGUUAGACCAUUGCCCAUUCCACCACCUCAGUUUAUUUGAGGAAUGACCGAAUGAAUGAGUUGAGAAUAUAAAGCAGAAGUUUGAUGACAAAACUUAAACCGAUGUUUUACAUGUAAAGCCAUGUGGGGAUGAGCACUCAUGCUUCUUCUUCUUCUUCUUCUUCUUCUUCUUCUUGCUUCGAGAACAAGAAGACUUUAUUAAGAAGAUAGCAAAACUAAAGCUGGGAUCAAAUUCCGAAUAUAAAGGUCCUGAUGUUCGAUUUGGAUAAAAAUUGCCAUAUGUAAAUUUAUGUCUAAGCAGUGAGGGAACAUCACAUUGGACUUAAUUUUGUUAUAUCAUUUUUCAUUAUUCAUCAAA